AUGGUGCGCACCAUCGUGAGGGAACUCUCCCCAAGAGGUCGAGUUGCCGCUGUCGCAGCAGCCUUCAUGACCUUCCUCUUCCUCCUCAACUUUAUCUUCCCAUCCUCCAACAUUGCCAGCCCGCACCGAUGGACCACAGGCUCGUCCUCAGUCCUCCGCUCAAAAUUCCUACGUGCCAAGGCGGGGGCGCCGCGGCCACCCAUCCACCACCCCAUUCCUAAGCUCAUGGCCGACGCGCGGGAAGCUUUUGACGCAAAGGUCAAGCGCCAGUCCAAGACCCUCAGCGAGGCCGUCCGCGAGUACCGCCGCCGGUACAAGCGCGACCCACCCGCUGGCUUUGACAAGUGGUUCGAGUUUGCCAAGAAACACAAAGCUGUCAUCAUCGAUGAGUACGACCAGCUUAACCGUGACCUUGAGCCGUUCUGGCAGCUCACGGGCAAGGACCUUCGUCAGCGCUGCGUCGACGUCGGUUACCUUCCGUCUGUUGACCUGGUCCGCGUUGAGGACGGCCAGACUCGCACCAUUGACGUCAACAAGGGCUUUGAUGACUCUGAGGUUGGCGCGCGUGCCAAGGGCUUCCGUGUCAUGCUUGAGAAGUUCCAGGAGCACCUUCCCAACAUGGACUUUCCCAUCAACGAGAAGGCCGAGGGCCGUAUCCUUGUCCCUUGGGAGGAGAGGCUCUACUCGAAUCUUACCAAGGACGCCAGCAAGGGCAUCGAGCACGUUCUCGGCGGCGAGUUUAUUCCGGACUGGAAGGGGGACGGCAACGUCUGGGAGUCGUACCGCCGCACCUGCGAGCCUUCAUCGCAGGCACGUCGCCUCUUUGGCUCCCUCCGCGCGCAACUGAAGGAGGGACAGGUUCCCAUCUCGCGCCUAGCCAACGCCGGCAUCACCACGGACACUGUGGACGAGGACUUUGAGUUCCCCCCAGAUGUCGACGACAAGUAUGACUUCUGCGACCACCCCUGGGCUCACUACAACCAGGGCCACUUCUUCUCCGACUGGCGCACUAUCCACGCUCUUUACCCCAUGUUCUCGCCGGCCAAAGGUGUCGGCUACUCUGACAUUCUUAUCCCGAGCCACUACUACUUCUCCUCGACGAAGCGCUACACGUACGGCUGGGACCCUGUCAACACGAUCAUCAAGGACGUGGAUGACAUGGAGACACCCUGGGAGGAGAAGGUGGACGACAUCUUUUGGCGCGGCGCCACUACGGGUGGUGGCUCCAACCCUGCUGGCUUCCUCGCACAGUACCAGCGCCACCGGUUUAUCAAGAUGACCUCGGACCACUCGCGCGCGAACCGCACCGUCGUAUUCGCCCACCCUCCUGGGACCGACAACUUUAUCUCUGCGCAGGUUGCUGUUGGUGACCUGAACGACGAGAUGAUGGACGUCGCGUUCACCAAGGCUGUGGGCUGCACGCAGUACCCCAACGGCGGCUGUGACGCGAUGCGCAAGGACCACCGCUUUGCUGACGCGGUGCCUCUGGGCGAGAACUGGCGCCAUAAGUACUUAAUCGACCUUGACGGUAUGGGUUACUCUGCACGUCUCUUUGCACUGCUCAAGUCUGAGAGCGCGGUCCUAAAGUCAACCAUUUACACCGAGUUCAUGUCGGAGUGGAUGCAGCCGUGGCUGCACUACAUCCCCGUUUCGCAGAUGUACAACGAGAUCUACAACAUCUACGCGUACUUCUCUGGGCCGUCGGCAUCGAUGCUCAACGCUGCCAACACGACUCGUGACCAGUUCCAAUCUUCGGGUCUGCGCACCCGCAAGCUGGACGGUGACGCUGAGCUGCACAAGAUUGCCAAGGCGGGACGGGAAUGGAUGUUCUCUAUUGGGCGUAAGCUAGACAUGGAGAUCUACGUCUACCGUCUCUGUCUCGAAUGGGGUCGUCUGAACGCGGACGACCGCGACGACGCGAGCUUCAAGGGUUUCCUCUAA